UGACUGGCUGUAGAGUCUGCGCCGUUGGUGAAUGGCGUUGGUGGCGGGAAAGUUGAGUCUCUCCUGCGCCUAGCCUUCGGGGCGAUGUGUAGUGACUUCCAUAGGGCUGAGUCUGGGACCGAGCUCCUUGCCCGACUUGAAGGUAGAAGUUCCUUGAAAGAAAUAGAACCAAAUCUGUUUGCUGAUGAAGAUUCACCUGUGCAUGGUGACAUUCUUGAAUUUCAUGGCCCAGAAGGAACAGGAAAAACAGAAAUGCUUUAUCACCUAACAGCACGAUGUAUACUUCCCAAAUCAGAAGGUGGCCUGGAAGUAGAAGUCUUAUUUAUUGAUACAGAUUACCACUUUGAUAUGCUCCGGCUAGUUACAAUUCUUGAGCACAGACUAUCCCAAAGCUCUGAAGAAAUAAUCAAAUACUGCCUGGGAAGAUUUUUUUUGGUGUACUGUAGUAGUAGCACCCACUUACUUCUUACACUUUACUCACUAGAAAGUAUGUUUUGUAGUCACCCGUCUCUCUGCCUUUUGGUUUUGGAUAGCCUGUCAGCUUUUUACUGGAUAGACCGCGUCAAUGGAGGAGAAAGUGUGAACUUACAGGAGUCUACUCUGAGGAAAUGUUCUCAGUGCUUAGAGAAGCUUGUAAAUGACUAUCGCCUGGUUCUUUUUGCAACGACACAAACUAUAAUGCAGAAAGCCUCGAACUCAUCAGAAGAACCUUCUCAUGCCUCUCGACGACUGUGUGAUGUGGACAUAGACUACAGACCCUAUCUCUGUAAGGCAUGGCAGCAACUGGUGAAGCACAGGAUGUUUUUCUCCAAACAAGAUGAUUCUCAAAGCAGCAACCAAUUUUCAUUAGUUUCACGUUGUUUAAAAAAGACGGGUUUCACCAUGUUAGCCAGGCUGGUCUCAAACUCCUGGGCUCAAUCCAUCUACCUUGGCCUCCCAAUGUGCUGGAAUUACAGGUGUGAGCUACCAUGCCCAGCCAAUUACUAGUAUUUUCUUAUCUAUUUAGAAUAGUCAGGCAUACCUCAAAAUGGAUUGAAUCAUUUCCAGCUGAGAGCUAGACAGGCACUUUUUUGCUUUUGAGAUAGACUCUCUCCCUCUGCUGCCCAGGCUGGAGUGCAGUGGUGCAAUCUUGGCUCACUGCAACCUCCGCCUCCCAGAUUCAAGUGAUUUUCCUGGCUCAGCCUCCCAAGUAGCUGGGAUUACAAGCAUGCUCCACCACGCCCAGCUAUUUUUUGUAUUUUUAGUAGAGAUGGGGGUUUCGCCAUGUUGGUCAGGCUGGUCUUGAACUCCUGACCUCAAGUGAUCUGCCUGCCUCGGCCUCCCAAAGUGCUAGGAUUACAGGCGUGAGCCACCGCACUCAGCCUGGACAGGAACUUUGGUGCAGGGAUGGCCCAAACAGGAGCAUGCACCUCAAGGGAUAUACAAGGUGAUGUAUAGGAAGAAAGUUUUAGAAAUUCUAUUAAUUUUAAUUCAAGAAAAGAUCAAUUUAUAUUGGUUUGAUAUUUAGAUUGACUUCAGCAGUCUCUUUCAAUCUGUAUGUCAGAAUGUCAUAUGUCACAUAUGUAUCUGAGUUACUCCAUGGGAAAAAUGGAAGGGAUUUAGAGUAGUGUUCUCAUAGGUUUGUUCAUUUGUAUGUUACCUAUCAGUUAAAACUAUUUCACUGUAAAUGCACUUAUCUAAUGAACGUUCUUUUCAAGGGUUUAAGAGGAACACUGCAAAGAAACUGAGCUGGAAAUCGUGUUUUCAUAACGCAGCCUAGCAGAUGCAGCAGGUGCCGUCUGUGCCCACCCACCAGUCGUGGGCCUGCUACUCUGGUCCACUACAGUUUCCAAACAUCCAGGGCUUCUGAGGGUGUCUUCUUGAUGCCACAGCCUGCCGGGCUGCAUGUGGGGCAAGCUGGGCCAUCCUUAACCAACGAGGGGCAUUUGGUGCAUAAACACCUGGAUUUCCUCAGCUCUCAGUGAGAGCUGUUUCUCAGAGUGGCCCCAGCAGGAGGCAUUCCCAGUUGCUUACAGCGAUAACCUCUUCAUGGACACAUCACUUACUGCCUCCCUCCCUUCCAUUCCUCACUUCCCCACUUUCUCAGGGGCCUCCUGGGAUGUCUCCCUUGUGAACAGGCCUGUCUUAGGAACGUGUCAGCAGACAGUAAAAAGUCAUCAGACGGCCGGGCGCGGUGGCUCACGCUUGUAAUCCCAGCACUUUGGGAGGCCAAGGCGGGCGGAUCACGAGGUCAGGAGAUCGAGACUAUCUUGGCUAACACGGUGAAACCCCGUCUCUACUAAAAAUACAAAAAAUUAGCCGGGCGUGGUGGCGAGCGCCUGUAGUCCCAGCUCCUCGGAGAGGCUGAGGCAGGAGAAUGGCGUGAACCCGGGAGGCGGAGCUUGCAGUGAGCCGAGAUUGCGCCACUGCACUCCAGCCUGGGGGACAGAGACUCCGUCUCAAAAAAAAAAAAAAAAAAAAGUCAUCAGACUAACAGCCCUUCAAUGGUGUUUGCUCUUCAGCCACAUGAUGAAAUUAAACACGAUGGCAGUUGUUCACACCCACACACCUGUAUGCUCCCACUAAAUAAUUUUACCUUGAAAAAAAAAAACUGUGUGCGUGUGUGUAUAUAUAUAUACACACAUAUAUAUGUAUACAUAUAUACACAUAUAUAUGUGUGUAUAUAUAUAUACAUAUGUGUGUGUGUGUGUGUAUAUAUAUAUAUAUAUAUAUAUAUGUAUGUAUAUUUUUUUUUUUUCCUUUUGAGACAGUCUCACUCUGCCACCCAGGCUGGAGUGCAAUGGUGUGAUCUCGGCUCACUGCAACCUCCACCUCCUGAGCUCAAGCGAUUCUCCUGACUCAGCCUCCCAAGUAGCUGGGAUUACAGGCGCCUGCCACCACGCCUGGCUAAUUUUUGUAUUUUUAGUAGAGACAGGGUUUCACCAUGUUGGACAGGCUGGUCUUGAACUCCUGACCUCGGGUGAUCCACCCACCUCAGCCUCCCAAAGUGCUGGGGUUAAGACUUGAGCCGCCGCGCCUGGCCACGAAUAUAUAUAUAUUUUAAUAGUUCAUCUUUCUAAAUUUUGUGUACUUUUAUUAUAUGCAAUACAUGUUAUACAUAAGUAAUUUAUAAACAUUUGUAAGUUGGGGAAAUAUGCUAAUUUCCCCCAUCAGUGUGUAUGGUCAGUACAAUUCAGAAUCUUCAGCUCUAGAGAAAAGAUGUGAAUAUUCAGUUACCUUCCCUUUCAAGCUCUGUAAAUUGUGUGUGCCAAGUGUGUAUGAAAAACUCAGCAACUCUCAGCAGAAGUCUAGCCUUGAAUAUGAUAAGAUUUUCCAUUUCCUCUUUCUAUAAAUGAAGUGCUAAUUUAAUGGACUGUUAUUCACAGAUUUAUAACUUAUUCUUCAGGAACAUGAUUAAAAAAUAAUGAACUUUUAUAUUACAUUAUCAAUUAUAUAUUAAUGUAUCAGACUAAAGACUUCGUUAUCUUAAAAAGAUUUGUUAUUUGACAUGUUGGAAGGAAUUAAGAAUACUGGCUAGGUCGGGCGUGGUGGCUCACACCUGUAAUUCCAGCACUUUGAGAGGCCGAGAUGGAUGGAUCACUUGAGGUAAGGAGUUCGAGACCAGCCUGGCCAACAUGGUGAAACUCCGUCUCUACUAAAAAUAGAAAAAUUAGCUGGGCGUGGUGGUGCACACCUGUAAUCCCAGCUACUAGGGAGGCUGAGGCAAGAGAAUUGCUUGAGCCCUGGAGGCGGAGGUUGCAGUGAGUUGAGAUUGUGCCACUGCACUCCAGCCUGGGCAACAGAGCAAGACUCCAUCUCAAAAAAAAAAAAAAGAAUACCGGUUAAUAAAAAAAUAUUUAAACCAAAAGUUAUACACUAGAAAUGUUAAGGCUGGCAUGGUGGCUCACACCUGUAAUCCCAGCACUUUGGGAAACUGAGGCAGGUAGAUCAUUUGAGGUCAGGAGUUUGAGACCAGCCUUGCCAACUUGGUGAAACCCUGUCUCUACUAAAAAUGCAAAAAAAGUUAGCCAGGCGGUAGAGGCAUGUGCCUGUAAUCCCAGCUAUGCGGGAGGAUGAGGCAGGAGAAUUGCUUGAGCCUGGGAGGCAGAGGGCGGAGUGAGCCAAGAUCAUGCCACUGCACUCCAGACUGGGUGACAGAGUGAGACCCUGUCUCAAAAAAAUAAAAAAGAAAUUUUAGCACUUGUAAAAAGAAUCCACCUUAUAAAGAGAAAGAGACACCACAUUGUAAGUUACAUACGUGGCAGACACCAGGGAUGCAGGAUAGAACCAGAAGAAUAAUAGAAGUGCAUGUUUACAAAUCUUAGAAUAUCCCAUUUAUUUAUUUUAUUUACUUGCAAAAAAAAACAUGGGGAUCAUAAAAUACUUUUCUUCUCAGGGUCAUUUUGAGAAUCUAGUGAAAAAAAUACAUGUGAAAAAUAGUUCAGACAUUCAUUUCAUAGUAUAUACUAUACAAAAUAGGGUAUGUACCUUAUCACUUGCUUCAAAUAUAUAGUUUUCUGCUUUUAACUAUAAGAUGCUGUAUUAUCAAUAUCAUUAAUUUUUUUUUUAUUAAUUUUUUUGCAUACAAAAACAAUAAACAUUUUCUAAAAAUACAUACAAACAAAAAGAUGCGUAUCAAACAUAUUAGGAAGGUUGCACAUGGGAAGUCGGGGAAUAGA